CAUAAUUUUCCUCGUAUCAGUUGAAAGCGAGGUGUAGACGAGUAACUUACAUAUUAAAGCGGUUGAAAACCAAGAUGGGUACCUCAAGCAUUAGAUUCUGGUCUUCAUUAAAUUUUUUUUGCUUAGUGAUCUUUUCAACGCCACUAAUAACUGAUUCGAAAUUUUACUCUGCAUCUAUUGCACGUCAGUCGCUAAUCACUGAUUUAUUCGUGAAUUACGAUCCAGCCGUUAAGCCUGCACCAAAAGGCGAACGGAUUGAGUUGCAUGCGAAUUUAGUGUUGCAACAUUAUGAUUUUCGGGAAUCGGAUGGAUCCUUUCACUUCGUGGGCCUUUUGGAGGUGGGUUGGCACGAUCCGAAGUUGGGUUGGAACCCCAUUGACUACAACAAUCUCACACGCAUACCAGUACGGCAAAAAUUAGUUUGGGUGCCCGACUUAGAGGUGUACAACAAUGCUCCUGAUAAAUUUCUUCGGAUGCAUCACCAUGGCAUCGUCAUUUUGGAAAACACUGGUAUGGUCCUCUGGAAUGAUAACAUUGAACGAAAUAUUUUUUGCACCACGAUGAUGAACAAUUGGCCUCACGAUAGACAUGAAUGCAAAUUAAGUCUCGGCUCGUGGACUUAUGAUGGCUUCGAGGUGGAUUUUAUGAAUUAUACUAAUCCGAAUGGAACUAUAAAUUUUGGAGAUAUCGAUAUGGCAAAUAUGGAAUAUAAAGUGGUUGAAUUCGGAGUAGAACGUAUUUCGACUGUGUACUCCUGCUGUGCCGAACCAUAUAUAACAAUGGAUUAUCACCUUAAGUUUGAACGACGUUGUGCAUUUGUGACGGUGUUUCGUGCGCAGAUUUUGACGGUUAUUGUACUCUCACUUCUGGCAUUAUGCCUUGAAACUGGUCACCGUUUGAAAAUUUGUAUUAACGGCUUAAAUCUAAUUAUUAUAACUUUCGUCUUAAUAUAUUUUACUCAUUUAAUUGGUAAAAUUUCACGAAAUACGCCCUCAAUUGUGAAAUUCUUCAGUUGCAGUUUUGUAUUGGUUACAGUUCAGCAAAUACUCGCUGUGUUUUCAAUAUUCGCUACCCAUGCUUCCUACCGCGGCAAACUCCAUCCAUUUAUAUCUAACUUACUACGAAACUCCUUUGUUUCUUAUAUGAUACCAAGAAGAAAUACAUUAAUUGCACAACGUGAAACCGGCGACUUAAAUACUCAGUUUGAAGACGUGGCACUACAAGAAUUCAGUAAUUUAAUAUUCACAGAUUCCACGCCUUACGAAUGGAUGCAAUUGGCUAGCUUUUUUGAGAAUUUUGCAUUAAUACUUUUUAGUGUAAUUUAUUCCAUAUUAGCUACUGUAUGUUUUGUUUAAAUAAUUUCGUUUUAUCGUAAUCUUUGUACCAGGGCGGACUCCCGCUUACCUGAAAGUUUGAUUUAUUUCUUGUAACAUUUAUAGGAGCAUAGUUAAUCAAAAAUCAGUGGUUUGGAUUAUGUUAGGAUUUUUUUUAUUUCUCAUCUCGAGUCUACGCCUGCAAAGCAAAAUAAUAAUGUAAUAACUUUAGCGGAAUUUGAGUGCAUAGCAAAAA